GCGUUUACAGUUCAGUCAGUGAUUGUUAUCCUUACGAACGAUAUAUUAUUUUAAAAGUAUUAUUCAACAAUGUGCGGUAAAUUUAUGAAAGCACACGUAAACCGAUCAAAAUUAAAUUAUAUUCAAUUAAAUUAUUGUUAACGAUAGUAUGAAUAGAUUAAAAAAUUCAUUAAAGAGAUUUAGGUUAACCUCAAAAAAUCACAACAUGACGUUCCAACGAUCUAUCAUCUGAGUAUUAUUGUAUAGAUAUAUAUAUACAUAUAUGUAUCAGUGUAUGUACACAUUAAUGAAAAUAUUGAAAUUAUUUCUAUUUUAUAUAAUAAUUAAUAAGCCAUGAAAAAUGAAUCUACUCGAAGAAGAAUGCGUUGACAAGAUUUUUAUAUACAAAUUUCCAACAUGUACAACAAAACAAGAAUAUGUAUUAGAAAUACCUUUAAAAAUUCCAUAUCAAGGUUCAAUCAAAGAAUUAACGUAUAGAAUUAUGUCGUCAUUUAAAUUACCAUGUUAUGUGGAAUCAGAUUUAAUGGAAACAAUAAAACGUACUAUUAAAGAAUUAACUUUACAAUAUUAUGAUGAAAAAUCUGAAAAAGUUAUAGAAGCUACGAAGAAUGGUGAUCUGAAUAUAGAAGACAUUAUUAAAAAUUGGGAAAAGAUAUAUAAACAAAAAACAGUUGAAUAUGCUGAUCCAAUAGGAACAACUGAUGAAGAAUUAUUUGCUACGGCUUAUCAUAGAUUAGUACAUUCGCCAUCAUUAGAACCAAUUUUACAAGCUGAACAUAAAUAUGGUAGAGAUGUAACAGAAGUUAUUCAAAUGAGAAACACAGAUUAUGAACAACUUACUCAAAAACAAACGGAAGAAAUGCGUGUUGCUGUAGAAGCUUUGGAAGCUGGAUCAACUGAAAAAUCAAUAAACGAUAUGGCAGGUCGUCAUUUUGAAGAACAAAGUUUACUACAGGGCCAUUGGGGUUCGAGAGUUGAUGCUUUAAAAUUAGAACAAAGACGACAGUAUCGUAAUUGGAUUAUGAGAUUAUUGGAAGAACAACAGACGAAUAUGUUACCAACUCCUGUGGGUUCUCCGAUGAUACCAAUGCCACCAUUGAGACCAGGUUUAGGUACGUUUGUACCAAACGAAGAAAAACAAACGUCAGAUUAUCCCGUGCUCGAAGAAAGUUUCACCAUACAUUUAGGUUCACAAAUGAAACAAAUGCAUAACAUACGAAUACUCACCGGUGAUGUUCUUGAUUUUUGUCGUACGAAAAAAAGUGAUUCAGGGGAUCCAACACCGCAGAGAUUACAAACAGCGUUAGGAUUGUAUUCAAAUGAUUUGUGCGGAUUGGUUUUGUUAAGCGACAAUCAUCUUGGCAGUUAUUCUGGAAUUACGAAAGAAUUGUGUUCGAUAUGUCAAUUGACGACUGAAUUUCAUUUUCCUCCGAUUGAUGAACAAUUGGAAAAGAUUCGUGACGAUGUUAAGGAAGCUGUCGCAUGGCGACAAGCUCAUCAUCGUGAAGGAAGUGAUCCACAGACAAAAAAACCACCACCAAUGAGUAAGACAUUGCAAACAGGUGAUGUUUUUAUUACGAGACAUUCCAAUUUAGCACAAGUCCAUGUCGUAUUUCACAUGGUUGUCAAUGAUUCGUUAAGAUCUGGUGAUAUUAAUUCAAGGCACCCAGCCAUUUUGGGAUUGAGAAAUAUAUUAAAAACAGCUUGUUGCAAUGACGUCACUACAUUGACCAUUCCAGUUCUUCUAGUUCAUGAAAUGACAGAGGAAAUGACAGUGGCAUGGUGUACCAAAAGAGCCGAACUCGUUUUCAAAUGUGUCAAAGGUUUUAUGAUAGAAAUGGCAUCGUGGGGUGGAGCUGAAUUAAAAAAUUUACAAUUUCUCGUACCUAAGGGAAUGUCGGAAGAAGUUUUUGGAACUCUAGCAACAAUGUUACCAAGCAUAUUUCGUGUAUCUAAUCCAUUGGUAUUUAAAGCUACGAGUACACCACAAACUCCUAAAAAAUGAUCGCAAAUCUUGCCUUUGUUAUUGAAGAAACAUUUUUUUUCUCACAAAUAUUACGAUAUUUGUUACUACGUGUCACCGUAUAUCUCAAAACUCAAUAAAUAUAUAUAUAUCGUUCAUUUUGAACGAAUUAAAAUGAUACGAACGCUGUGAAUAAACCGUUUAAACUCUUAA